AUGUUAACGGUCAACUUAUCGCUGCAUUUGCGACGCGGUAACGAGCUGAGGUAUCGAACGAUCGGUAAGCCGACCUGCUGCGAAAUGACUAACACCCUGGUGCUCGAUCACCAGCUGUCGGUAGCGGUCUUCGGUGCGCCAUCUCCUCAUCUUCGUCCUCGUCGUCGCCGUUUCGACCAGAUGGUCGACGACGGACAUCGGACAUCGGACAUCGCAGAGGUGUCGUCGGCAAAAACGCCCUUGUCAUCGUCCUCGCGAGGCGUCUAA